UUUUCUUGUACCCUAAGUGUAAGCUUCACACCAAAAAAAACCCCUUAGCCGUCGCCGUCACUUUCUCUCCGAGACGAAAGAUGAAGACUAUCUUGUCAUCUGAGACGAUGGACAUCCCCGACGGCGUCGCCAUCAAGGUUCACGCCAAGGUGAUCGAAGUCGAAGGCCCACGCGGGAAACUCACUCGCGAUUUCAAGCAUCUCAACCUCGAUUUUCAGCUGAUUAAAGACGAGGUCACCGGGAAGCGUCAGCUCAAGAUCGAUUCGUGGUUCGGCUCUCGCAAAGCCAGUGCUUCGAUCCGAACUGCGUUAAGCCACGUCAACAAUCUCAUCGCUGGUGUCACUCAAGGUUUCCUUUACAAAAUGAGGUUUGUGUAUGCUCAUUUCCCCAUCAAUGCUUCGAUCUCCGGUGACAACAAAGCCAUCGAGAUCCGUAACUUCCUUGGCGAGAAGAAGGUCAGGAAGGUUGAAAUGUUGGAUGGUGUUAAGAUUGUUCGAUCUGAGAAGGUUAAGGAUGAGAUUACUCUCGAGGGAAAUGAUAUCGAGCUUGUCUCACGGUCAUGCGCUUUGAUCAACCAGAAAUGCCAUGUGAAGAAGAAGGAUAUUAGGAAGUUUCUCGAUGGUAUCUAUGUGAGCGAGAAGGGCAAGAUUGCUGUUGAAGAAUGAAGCUACUGAAAUGCUAUGUUAUAUUCAUAUUGUGUUACAGUGAUAUAGUCGUAGCUUUUUGUUUACAUCUCUUAUGGAUUUGCAGUUUUGUUUCCUUUGGACCAGUAUCGAUGAUGCAAACUCAUUAUCCUUUAUGUUCGGUUUUUUAUCCACUUGCUGAAGUUUCGGAAGAUAAAUUCUCUUUACUCUUCUCUAUUUUCCUUAUUUGCCUGUUGUUGGAAGUUGAUUGAACUUGAAAGAAUAUCUAUUUGAUUGAACUU